AUGGCCUCCACAGGCAACCCUCACGACUUUGUUCUCACCCCCCAGCAGCAGAGUCUGCUCUUCGCUGCCCUCAACUCCAACAAGCAGACUGCCUCCCCCAUGGCUGGCAACCUGCACAUGUCUCCCGCCUCCUUUGGCAACUCCCCAACCCAGAAGACUGAUCUCAGUGGCUUUGAUACGAGUCCUUUCCUUGACUACGAGUAUGACAUCAAUGGCGGCGACACCAGCUUCGACUUCAGCUUCGCCGAUACCUCCAACGCCAAGAUGAUUGGCGACUUGCCCGGAUCGGCCGGCAGUGACAAGUCCGGCUCCGAGAACAACGAUACCGAGAAGAGAAGCCACCCAGACGAUGAAAAUGAGGAGGAAGGAGGUGAUGCCAAGAGGCAGGAAACUGGAGAGAAGGUUUCCAAGAAACCCGGACGCAAGCCUCUUACCACUGAGCCUACCUCGAAGCGCAAGGCGCAGAAUAGGGCUGCGCAGCGCGCAUUCCGGGAGCGUAAGGAACAGCAUCUGAAAAACCUCGAGACCAAGGUCGAGGAGCUGGAGAAGGCCUCGGCGCAAUCCAACCAUGAGAAUAGCGUCCUCCGUGCCCAGGUUGAGAAGAUGACCACUGAGUUGAAUGAGUACAAGAAGAGGGUUUCUCUGAUGGUGAACAACCGCACCCCCAGCCUGUCUAAUGGUCCUAGGCCUACAUUCGGCCAAGCCGUUAUCAACAACUUGAACGACGUCAACUUUCAGUUCGAGUUCCCCAAGUUUGGCCAGCUCCCUGGACCUUCCCCAACCGCGUCCAACCAGGCUUCCACAAAUGGUCACACAUCCAACUCGCAGUCACCGCGCAACGUUAGGAGCUCUAGCGAGCAAAACAGCCCCUUGGCCCAGUCUGCACGUCACGGGUCAACUGGGUCCAAGUCGACAAACGGGGUUGAGACCCAGGCCAAAGAGGAUCUGGCCAAUUUCUCCGGCAUCUUCAGUCCUCCCUUGACCAACAACAAUGUGGCGUCUGCGGCUCGCGGCAGGACAGACUCUCACAACAGUGCUGCGGCAACCACAACUUCAUCGCCGUCCGCCUCAUCAAACUCCCAUGGAGGCCCAAGCUCAUCUUGCGGCACCUCUCCUGAGCCUUACUCUCAAUCGCCAAUGGGUUUCAAGCCAGUUGAUACGCUUACCACCAUUGGUGAGGAGAAGCAUCCUUUUGCCAACAUGAACCAAGACUUUGGCCAAUUUGCAAACAUCGACAUGAAUGACAUGAACUUUAUGACAUCAACCAACAAUUUCCAGUUUGACCCGCAGCUGUUCGGAGGCUACCGUGAGCCUCAGGAGAACAUUCUGGGCAAUGGUUUCGACGACACCUUCUUCAAUGAUGCGUUUGAUGUUGAUUUCACAACGCCCUACUUCGCCCCUAGCCCUCAAAAGAAGGACGACCUCAUGUCACGGAUCGAUGCUGCGAAGAACGAGGACUCCACCGAGCUUGUCCAGACCACAGAUGGCCAACUUCUUACCUGCAAUAAGAUCUGGGAGAAACUGCAGAGCUGCCCAAGGGUUCAAAACGGCGAUUUUGAUCUCGAUGGCCUGUGCUCUGACCUCCAGAAGAAGGCCAAGUGCUCUGGCUCCGGUGCAGUUGUCGAUGAGUCGACUUUCAAGAAAGUGAUGCAAAAGUACUUGGGCAAGACAGACAAGGAAAUGGAAGAAGGCUGCCCGAACGAGAAGCUCAAGCUUGAGCAACAGGCUGCUGAGCAACUCUCCGCUUAA